AGGUUCCGUCAGGCCAGGGGCGUUUCCGUCGCCUGAUUGGUUGUGACAGGAGGGUGACGCUGCGGUACAGAGAGCGGACGGAGGAGCACGGGCUGUGGAGGUGUCGCCCCGUCAUUGUCCUCUUCUGAGCCGCCCGCUGGAGGUGUCUGUUCUGUCAGCAGAUAGAGAGCAGCUGGGACAGCUGCUUCAACCACCACGGACUCAUAAUGAAUGGCCAACUGGACCUAAGUGGCAAGCUGAUUAUUAAGGCUCAGCUUGGAGAAGACAUUCGCAGGAUUCCAAUCCACAAUGAAGACAUCACCUAUGAUGAGCUGGUCCUGAUGAUGCAGAGAGUAUUUAGGGGAAAACUCUCCACUAAUGAUGAAGUAGCCAUCAAGUAUAAAGAUGAAGAUGGAGAUCUCAUCACUAUCUUUGAUAGUUCUGAUUUAUCAUUUGCCAUACAGUGCAGUCGAAAUACUGAAGCUACAUAAUUCGUUAAUGGACAGCCACGACCACUCGAGUCCAGUCAAGUAAAGCAUUUACGCCGAGAAUUGAUAGAACUGCGUAACAAAGUUAACCGUCUACUAGAUUGUUUAGAGCCCCCUGCAGAACCUGGAAUUCCAACCAGUCUACCAAAUGCAGAAACUGUGGAUGGUCGAGAAGAGAAGCCUGCUGCUCCUGACUCCUCAGUUAAGCCGUCCACACAAGUCAUGGCUGCUAGCAUGUCUGCGUUUGAUCCUCUGAAGAAUCCAGAUGAGAUCAACAAAAAUGUCAUGUCAGCUUUCGGACUGACUGAGGACCAGGUUACUGGACCUCCCAGUGCUCCAGUAGAAGAACGGUCCAGCACUCCGGAUAGUAUUGCCUCCUCCUCCUCAGCGCAUCCACCAGGAGUUCAACCUCAACAGCCUUACCCAGGAUCUCAGCAGCCAGGUCAGAUUGAAGGCCAAAUUUAUCAGCAGUAUCCUCAACAGCCUGGAUAUCCAACAGCUCAAGGUCAGCCGCAGCCUGCAGCUCAGCCCCAGCAGCAGUAUGGAAUGCAGUAUUCUGGCUACAGUCAGCAAACAACCCCACAGGCACCACAGCAGUUUCCUGGUUACAGUCAGCAAGCAGCCCAGGCUCCUGCACCUAACUUUCAAGGCCAGGCACAACAACUGCCAUCACAGGCUCCUCAGCAGUACCCUGCUGGCUCUUACCCAUCACAGACAUACACUACACAAGCUUCUCAGCCUGCUAACUACAAUGUCCCCCCAGCUUCCCAGUCUGGAAUAGCGCCCAGCCAGCCAGGUAGCUAUCAGCCUAGGGCAGGAUUUACCUCUUCACCUGGUAGUACUGUAACUCCUCCUCCAAGUGUGCCUAAUCCAUAUGCUCGUAAUCGCCCUCCAUUCGGUCAGGGCUAUACCCAGCCUGGUCCUGGUUACCGAUAAAAGUAUCAUUACUUUGGCUGCUAGAUCUGUUUCCAUCCAAACAGACUUCAAUAUUAUGCUUACAAACUUGUAAUGAAACGUCACACAGCAGUAUGAAAACAUUCUCUGCUUUUCUGCUGUUGUGCAACUUUACUGGAGAAAGAGACCAAAUGAUUAUUUUCUUGCUUCUGAUUGUAUUUGCUCACUAGUUAAAAUUAAAGUCCCAAACCAGUGAUGCAUUUGACACAUUAGCCAACUUUGUCAAACACGUGAAAACAUGCUAGAGCCCACUUAUUUGUUUUUAACAUUCUGAUGUGUCCUAUUAGAUCUGUUUUGAAGUAAAAAGUAGAUAUUCUGUACCGAAUCUAACAGUCACCAAAACCUAAUAAAAUGUUAAAACUCC